UGAAUUGUCUUUUUCAAACAAUAGAAUUGGGCUUAGAUAACAUUCUCGAUGACGUCGAUAUCAUCGUCUAUGGGCCAUAAAAUUUUAUGAGUAUCGGCGACGGAUUAACUAGGCCAAGUGGAUACCUUCGCUACGCAGCUACGAUGAUUGACCCUCAAAAAUGAGCUUGAUAGAUUGAUAACCCGUUAGUCGGCGUCUAUAUAAGCAUUCCUAAUAACCGCUGAGCUAACAUAACGCUUAUCCACUCGGAAUCGAGCAUGUCGCUAAGUUGGAAUACGCUGCUCCUGCCGCUGUUACUAUUCACCUGCGUUGGCUGCCUAACUGUGCCGGCUGUGCCCAGCCUGCGACAGGAUGGACGCAUUGUGGGCGGCGUUCAGGUGUCUAUUAAGGAUUACCCGUAUCAAAUUUCACUGCAGCGUAGCUUUCAUAUGUGCGGCGGCUCAUUGAUUGGCGUCGGCUGGGCACUGACAGCCGCCCAUUGUGUGGAGAGAGCUAGUGUGGAGUCCUUGACGGUGCGGGUCGGUGCCACGCGCAAGGAGAAGGAUGGCCUGAUCGUCAACAUACGGCGUAUUCAUCGUCAUCCCGAUUACAAUUCACGAAUAAUCGACUAUGACUACGCCCUGCUAGAGCUAGCGCCCUAUAAUAGCACAAACGUCACCCAGACAUUUGCCCAGCUGCCUGAACAGAAUGAGGAUCUUCCAGAUGGCACAUUGGUUACAAUUACCGGCUGGGGCAAUACCCAAAAUGCCGAGGAAUCGUCAGAUGUGCUGCGAGCUGUCACCGUGCCCACGGUGAAUCAGACCAAAUGCACAUUAGCCUAUGAGCAUUUUGGCAACAUUACGGACCGUAUGCUAUGCGCGGGUCUCACCGAAGGUGGCAAGGAUGCCUGUCAAGGGGACUCUGGCGGUCCCCUGGCCGUCAAUGGCAAAUUAUGGGGCGUUGUCUCCUGGGGAUUUGGCUGUGCGAAGCCACAAUAUCCUGGCGUUUACUCCAAAGUGUCGGCAGUCAGGGAUUGGAUUGUUUCCAUAAGUGGCAUAUAACUUGUUUCC